CUAGCGGCUAGGGAGGACCGCCGCCCCCUCCUAGGCUCGCGCCGCUCAUAGCGGUAGCGGAAAAGGCGCCGGCGCCGCUGCCCUUAGGGGCUGCAGCGCGCUAGCUUCCGUUCGAUUCGUUCCUGCCAGCUCGAGGACGAAACACGCUUGCGCAGCGGAUGGGCAGGCGCGCUCGCUGCCUCAUCUGUCGGUGCCGGGUGCAAUCCGCCUUUUUCUGGAGCAGGCGGGCUACGGUGCUAACCGGUAGCAGCUGUCGCAGCAGUUUCGCACUAGGGGACUGAGAGUGGAGGAAGGCAGGACUCCUGCUGUUGCUAGGAGUGAGCUGGACCUGACGCUAGAGACAAAGGCUCUCAAGGAAAGAGGGACUUGGGCCCUGCGACCGCGCUGCUCGGGAUUUUGAACCCAGGACUUUUUCGCCCCUUCGAUUUUCUCUUCAGACGCUUCUCUCAUCCCAAGCCCGCGUCCCCUCACCCGCGAACUUGCUCCUCACCGGAGGACUGCGAUGGAGGUCCCGCCCCGGCUUUCCCAUGUGCCGCCGCCAUUGUUCCCCUCCGCUCCCGCUACUUUAGCCUCCCGUAGCCUCUCCCAUUGGCGGCCACGAGCGCCACGGCAGCGCCCACUACUCCCUUCGCUCGCUCCCAGCUCCGCCCGACAGGGGGCGCGCCGAGCCCAGCGCCACGUCACCGCCCAGCAGCCCUCCCGAUUGGCGGGUGGGGCAGCUAUAAAGGGAGGGCGCAGGCGGCGCCCGGAUCUCUUCCGCCGCCAUUUUAAACCCAGCUCCAUACAACGCUCUGCGCCACUGCUGCCCGCGACUCGAACCACGCGCCAGCACCUCCCGGCCGACAACUCCGCCACCAUGGAGGACGUGAACGAGUACAGCAACAUAGAGGAAUUUGCAGAGGGAUCCAAGAUCAACGCGAGCAAGAAUCAGCAGGAUGACGGUAAAAUGUUUAUUGGAGGCUUGAGCUGGGAUACAAGCAAGAAAGAUCUGACUGAAUAUUUGUCUCGGUUUGGAGAAGUUGUGGACUGCACAAUUAAAACAGAUCCGUCCACUGGAAGAUCAAGAGGAUGAUUUGUGCUUUUCAAAGAUGCUGCUAGUGUUGAUAAGGUUUUGGAACUGAAGGAACACAAACUGGAUGGAAAAUUGAUAGAUCCUAAAAGGGCCAAAGCUUUAAAAGGAAAGGAACCCCCCAAAAAGGUUUUUGUGGGUGGAUUGAGCCCAGAUACAUCAGAAGAACAAAUUAAAGAAUAUUUUGGAGCAUUUGGUGAGAUUGAAAAUAUUGAACUUCCUAUGGAUACAAAAACAAAUGAAAGAAGAGGUUUUUGUUUUAUCACAUACACAGAUGAGGAGCCUGUAAAGAAAUUGUUAGAAAGCAGAUAUCAUCAAAUUGGUUCUGGGAAGUGUGAAAUCAAAGUUGCACAACCCAAAGAGGUAUAUAGACAGCAACAGCAACAACAAAAAGGAGGAAGAGGUGCUGCAGCUGGUGGAAGAGGUGGUGCUAGGGGUCGUGGCCGAGGUCAGGGCCAAAACUGGAACCAAGGAUUUAAUAACUAUUAUGAUCAAGGAUAUGGAAAUUACAAUAGUGCCUAUGGUGGUGAUCAAAACUAUAGUGGCUAUGGCGGCUAUGAUUAUACUGGGUAUAACUAUGGGAACUAUGGAUAUGGACAGGGAUAUGCAGACUACAGUGGCCAACAGAGCACUUAUGGCAAGGCAUCUCGAGGGGGUGGCAAUCACCAAAACAAUUAUCAGCCAUACUAAAGGAGGGCAUUGGAGAAAACAGCGGGAACUUCAUUGCAGGCCGUGUGUCACCCUGACCACGUCUAUCUCUGGGGGUCGCACGUUGCGGGCAGAGCGCAAGGCAUACACCAGAAAACGCUGUCCUGUGGUAUGGUCUCUUCCAACUUCAUGUACCAGCGUAAAGAUUAAAGUGGAAAACUUCAGACUUUGGCUUCUUUUUUAAUCUUUUUCGAGAUUAAGUGUCUAAACUUAACUUAAAUGGUUUUUUACAGGAGUUAAAGUACAUAAAUGCCUUUUUACAGCUUAAUCAUUUUGGUCUUCUGUUUAGUGUUGUAUUUCAAUUGUGGAGCCUCAUUUUAAGUGUUCAUUCUUUAAGAUUUAAUGCUUGCUUUUUCUUUUUAUAGCUAAUAGUGAAAUCUACAAACCAAAACAAGAACUUUAAAAUCUGGGAUAUAAGUUAAAGAUCACAUGCACAUAGCAAUUUUUCUUGAAAUAUAAUCAUCUUAAAAUUUUAUGUUUAUUACCAUUUUACUUGGUUUACUAGAGAUGCUUCUAGUAGACUAAUCUAGCACAGUUCAACCUGUGGAUAUGGGAAGGUUGCAUUCCCAGAUUCUUUUCUAAAUAGAUUUAAAUUUGGUAUCAUUUGGGAACUCCAGGGCAAAUUUAUUAAUUACCCAAAAAGCAUUUUGCCAGUGAAUAUGCAUGUGAUCUUUAAUUAUUGAAGAAAAGAAUAAAGUGAGGACUUAAAACAAUUCAUGAAAGUGGACCUUUGAAAGCUUGUCAGUGUUGCACAAAUCUAAUAGCUAUUUUGUUUUAUUUUAGGAGGAGAUUGCUAAAGGUAAUCCAUCUUGCAGGACAACAAUGAAGAUUGAUCUUCUGUUGCUCUAAGAUGAUUAUUUUGUAAAAGACUUUCUAGUGUACAAGACACAACUCUGUCCAACUGUAUAUAGCAGCCAAUUAGUUUUCUUUGUUUUUACUUUGUCUUUUGCUAUCUGUGUUAUGAUUCAAUGUGGAUUUAUGUUUAUACAAAUUUUACUUGUAUAAUUUCAUGUUAAACCUCAAAUAAAUGCUUCCUUAUGUGAUUGUUUUUCUGUGUCAGGUACUAAAUAGCUCUGUAAAAGUGUGAUUUUAAAUAAGCAAUAAUUAAGGCAUGGUUUAUUUUGUAAGGAGUAUUGGUCCAUGAGGAGGAACUGUGGUCCUUAUGAGUAGCCAGCUACAGUGUCACCCUGUUGCCCGUCUUUGUUAAAUGUAUUCUCUUUUCCCAGUGUUCAUUCCCUGUUAACUAAGAUGUCAUGGAUGUGUCUCCAUGUCAUAGUCACUGUUGUGAUUAGUGGAAGGUUUCUAGUAGACCAGGAGUUUUCUAAGGAUUAUAUUCUGAGGAAAAGUACCCCUUUAAUGGCACAAAGCAUGUUGAUAGCUCCUUUCAUAGAUACUAAUGGUUUUGCUUUGUUUCUGUCUCUGGAAAAGCUGUUUAUGAUUUGCUAAAUAUUCUAACACUCUGGUCUGUUGGACCUUUAAGUAAUCAUAAUACCAGGACUAAUUGAUCAAAGUCCAGAUAUAUCUAGGGGGAAAGCACUGUUGCACUGGUAGGAGCUACAGUUUGAGAGUUAUCAGAUAGUUACAUUGUCAUACAAGGAUUUUGGCAGAUAAGUUUAAGGUUAUUAGAGCAAAGGUUAGAUUAAGGUAUUUGAAGUAGUGGCUAUGUAAAUUAGUAUUCUGUUAUGUCACAGCAAACACCAGACUGAGCAGUUCUCCAAAAGUAUUCUUGGGAAGCUAUAUUGGGUGUUAACUGUUAAUGUGGUGUGAGCUCUUAGAAAAAGCCAUGGUAGUAGAUUUUGUUUUCUAAUGCAGUUUGCAUGAGUUGAGUAGCUAAGCAUAUCCAUAUUCAGGCAUAGGAAGGAAUAGUGGGAAACAGUAUGCUUUUAGUCAUGUUAAUGAAAAUCUUAAUUGUGACCAUGUCAUUAAUACAGAUCUUCCUGGUGCGUUAGUGGCAGUUUUUGCUCUAGAUUUUGGAGGAUUUCUUGGGUAAAUUGAAGCUUUGAGUUUAACAUUAAAUGUAGUUAUUGGAUUUAAGGUUUUCUAAGUUUUGUCUUUAUGUUCCAUAUUAGCUACUAGGAUUGGCAUAUGUGUUCACAUGUGGAAUAGUUGACCUCACCUUAAAGUGUAAACUUUUUAUGCCAUUUUUAUUUGGCACCUACAACUUUGUUUCAAUGAUGUUUGUACUUGCUGGGCUAUCAAGUUGCAAUGCUGUUGGCCUGUUUUGUUCCUGUUUUCCUAUUUUGACCUUACAUCUAGGCCAAGUACCAGUGUUGGCUGCUUUGUAAGGGAUUGUUUAUUCUUUAAACAUAACAACCCUAGAGAACAAAAAGGGUAUUUCAUUUCAAGUUACAUUGUCAAAGUCAGUAAGUGCACUGUCUUUAGGGCAGUGAAUCCUGUAAGUUGCAAGUUUAUGAUUAGGUGACAAGUUGACACUGAGAUUGUCCUUUCCCUGAUCAAAAAUGAAUAAAGGCUUUUUAAA